AUGAAUGAGGAUUUGUUAUCCAACAUCACCUUGGUCUCCAAGAUACAUGAGAAUGGUUUUCAGGCAAUGAAAGCCUCUGAGAACCUUUUGGAUUUCCUCUUUCUUGGAAGCUACUGUCCCUUCAAUUACAGAAAGGGAAAGGACCAAAACAUCAUGGCUGUCAUUGGUGAUCUUCCUUCCCAGAACACCAUCCAGAUAGCCAACAUCUUAAAUGCCUACAAAAUUCCACAGAAGGUCCAAGUUGGACAUAUUGAACCUCAGAGUUCUCAAAAGGAAGACUUCACCAUAAAUACAUCUGUCAUUGUAUGGAACCCCAAAUUUAAGCAGACACCACCUUCUGCCACCUGUGUAGAAAGCUGCCAUCCUGGGUACCGGAAAUUGAUUGAGGAGGGAAAACAGGUUUGCUGCUAUGACUGUGUCAAGUGUUCAGAGGGAAGCAUUUCCACCAUGGUUGAUUCCAACCAAUGUGAGAAGUGUCCCGCAGAGCAAUAUCCAAAUGAGAAACACCAUCAAUGUAUUCCCAAAAUUAUCACCUACUUAUCCUACAAAGAAGACCUGGGAGAAGUCCUGACAGGAUUUGCCAUUUCUUUUGCUGUCAUCACAAUUGUGGUGAUGGGGACAUUCAUCUUCCACCAGAACACUCCCAUCGUCAAAGCCAACAAUUGGGAUAUCACCUGCACCCUGCUUGUCUCGCCCGUGCUGUGUUUUCUUUGCUCCUUCCUCUUCCUCAGAUGUCCAGGGAAAGUCACAUGUCUGCUCCGGCAAGCAGUUUUUGGAGUUGUCUUCUCCAUUGCAGUGUCUUGUGUGUUAGCCAAAACCAUCACUGUGGUUGUGGCCUUCAUGGCCACAAAGCCAGGGAACCGCAUGAGGUGGUGGGUGGGGAAAAGGCUGUCCGUCUCAGUCAUUGUUUUUUGCUCCCUUAUUCAAACAAGCAUCUGUGCUGCCUGGUGGACCAUUUCUCCUCCUUUCCCAGAGUUAGACAUGCAUUCCCCACUGGAUGAGAUCUUAGUGCAAUGCAACGAAGGCUCGGAGAUCAUGUUUUACCUUGUGCUGGGCUACAUGUGGCUUCUGGCCCUCAUCAGCUUCACAGUGGCCUUCUUUGCCCGGAAGUUGCCCGACACUUUCAAUGAAGCCAAGCUCAUCACCUUCAGCAUGCUUGUCUUCUGCAGUGUUUGGGUGUCCUUUGUGCCCAUGUACUUGAACACCAAGGGGAAAUCCAUGGUGGCUGUGGAAGUCUUCUCUAUCUUGGCCUCAAGUGGUGGUUUACUAGGUUGCAUUUUCCUGCCCAAGUGCUACAUUAUCAUACUGAGGUCAGAGCUGAAUACGAGAGAGCAGCUAGUUAGGAAAAAGAAUGGUGUGAUUUGA